AUGGCGCCUGUAUACAAAAUUGCCAUUAUACAGUUUGAGCCCAAGGCCAUCGCUCUUGAAGAGAACUUUGCCAAAGCUGAAUCCCAUCUACGAUCUGCUGCAGAAAAGGGCUGCGAUAUAGCACUCUUGCCAGAAUUUCACCUCACAUCAUGGGCUCCCGAACAUCCUGAGUUCGUAUCUGCGAGCAAGAAAUCAGCAGACUAUCUUUCAAAAUACCGAGACCUCGCCCAAGAACUCAACAUCAACAUUGUCCCCGGCACAAUUUGCGAGGUCCACAACGUUGCCGACAGCAAAGAUGAAGAGCUUCGUAACAUGGCGUACUUUUUAGCCGCAGGAACAGGCGAGAUUUGCAGUGCGUAUCAGAAGAAGAAUUUGUGGCACCCUGAACGACCACACUUGACUUCAUCAACGCAUACACCUCACACAGCUUUCGAUACACCGUUGAAACAUGCCAACGGUAAGCCUGUACGCGCCGGUAUGCUUAUUUGUUGGGAUCUUGCUUUUCCAGAAGCGUUCAAAGCACUGGUCAAUGACGGCGCAGACAUAAUCUUGAUUCCGUCUUAUUGGUUCAUGAGCGAUGCGGGCGAUGAAGGAGGUGAUCUAAACCCCGACUCAGAGAGAUUGUUUCUCAACUGUGCUUUGACAGCGAGAGCGUUUGAAAACACAGCUGCGGUCGCGUUCUGCAAUGCUGGUGGGUUAAGUUGUGUCAACAUGCCGAUUCUGGGGCCUUUGGGAAGGAUUGAGGUAGGGGAGGAGAAGAUGGAGAUUAUUGAUGUUGACUUGGAUGUAUUGAGAAUCGCCGAGUCACAGUACAAGAUCAGGAUGGAUAUGCAGAGUGAAGGGUGGCAUUAUAAGUAUGGGAUGAAUGGUGAGAAGGUAUAG